AUGGUUAUUCAUGAGGGGAAAUGUAAAGGUAAUGGGGUUUUGAUCCGGGCUGUGGCUGAGUACGUUGCUGAAAUUAAGGAGGAAAAUCAACCUCAGUUGUGGCUGCCCCCUAAGACCAAAUGUCCUUGGGCUCCUCCUGGACAGGAUUGGUAUAAGAUUAACACAGAUGGUGCGGUGUUCAGGGAGAUUGGGUGCUGCGGAAGCGGGGUGGUGAUUAGGAAUGAUGAGGGACAAAUUAUGGGAGCAAUGAGUAAAAGAUGGGACAUGCCUCUGGGUGCAUUAGAGAUAGAAGCAAAGGCUGUGGAAGAUGGGGUUCAACUUGCGUGGGAUCUUGGUCUCAAAAGGAUUAUCAUUGAAAGUGAUUCGCAAACUAUGGUCAACGCAAUUCGUGAUCAAAGCGUAGUCCCGAGUAGCAUCCAACAUGUCAUUGAAGGCAUAGGAGUGGAUCUUACAUGUUUUGAGGCGUGGAAGGUGUCUCAUAUCUGCAGGGAAACAAAUUCUGCAGCUCAUAUUUUGGCAAGAAAUGCCAAGUCUGUAAUAGAUAGGGUCAUUUGGGUGGAGGAUACCCCACCUAUUGUCUCUGCACAAGUGCAGCAAGAUGUUAUAUGUAUGAAAUCAGUUUCAGUUUAUUGA